AUGGACAUUCCCACUGAUACCGCCAAAGAACGCACGAGACAUACCAGAGCUUAUAAGAUUCCGGAUAUUGAUGUUUCGGGGUUGAUUGGUUUGAGUUCUCGGUUGGAAGGGGAGGUUCUCCGUGACUUCAAUCAUGAUUAUGGCAAUUUGCUCUCCAUCCUCAGAACAUCUUUCGAUCCAAUGGCUUUGAUCACUCUGUUUCAGUUUUAUGAUCCACAGUUGAGGUGUUUUACAUUUCAGGACUAUCAAUUGGUGCCAACACUCGAGGAGUUUUCUUACAUACUCAACAUCCGAAUCACUGAUGAUGUACCUUUCAUUCGAGUUCCCGAGGUUGUGAGAUUUGAAAAAAUAGCUGAAGCUCUUCACAUGGGUAUAAAGGAGGUGGAAAGAAAUUGGAAGUCAUCGGGCGGUGUUUCUGGUUUCUAUCUUUGCUUUUUGAUCAGUAGGGCUGAGGAUGCGGCGAAGAAGGAGCAGUGGGUUGAUUUUAGUCGUUUGCUUGCUAUCAUGAUUUAUGGUAUUGUCUUAUUCCCCUCAAGAGAGAACUUUGUGAGUUUGGCGGCGAUUUGUGUCUUUAUGGACAAAAACCCCGUGCCAACGUUGCUUGCAGAUGCUUAUUUUUCGAUCCAUUCGAGAAGUAAGAAGGGAGGAUAUGUUGUUGGUUCUUGUCUUCCAUUGAUGUACCAGUGGUUCAUGUUGCAUUUGCCGGUGAGAGGACCUUUCAUGCUCAAGAAGAGUUCUCUUAAGUGGUCAGAUAGGAUUGUUAAUCUCACAUCUUAUGACAACAGGUGGAACUAUUGUGUGGGGAAGAUUUGGAACAUCAUCACUAGUUGCGGUCAAUAUCCCAACGUUCCUCUCAUAGGAACCAGAGGUUGCAUUAGUUACAAUCCCACACUCGCCUAUCGUCAAUUGGGAUAUGCAAUGGAAAGGGCUCAGAAUGAUGUAGAAGCGUUUGAAUCAAUGUACUUUGCUAAUGGUAAAGAUCCUCUGGAGCUAGAAAAGAUAGCGUAUGCUUGGACUAAAGUCCAUAGAAGGGAUCAGACUACUUUGAGCAAGAAAGUUCCUAUUGCCAUGGGUCCUUACCGAAAGUCAUGUCCAUUGUAUGAGCAACCUCCCGUGGUUUUAUCUGAUACCGUUGCGGCUGAACUCUAUAUUCAAACUGAAGCGGACAACAUCAAACUAAGAGCAAAGGACAAUGAGGUUGGCUUGGAGAGGUAUUUUCAAGAUCGCGAAAAGGCGGAAUUGGCUCGUAAGCUCAAGCAUGCGCAAGGUGAAGGUUCAAGCAUGACACGUGCCCAAAGGCGAUCUCAUGACUUGAUGGAAGAAAGCUUGUACCGAAAACAGCAGGAAUGUGCGAAGUUACGAAGGUCCGAAAACAAUAGCAAGAUAAGGAUGCUGGAUUCAGAACAACAGUUGAUGGAAGAAAAAGCCAAGUCAGCUCGACUUGAAGAAGAGCUCGCAAGCCUCCGAUCCCAGCGGAGAGGAGAUGGAGGAGCUCAUUCUGUUGUCAGACGAUCCUAG